GCGAUGGAGGCUGAAAGGAGGCAUCGCGCCUUGUAUAAGGGAACUACUCCUCCUUGGAAGGAAACUUAUAGAAAGCGAUGUGUUGAACGACUGAAGCGUAACCGAUCCAAGCUCCUGGAUAAGUUUCGUCAGGUGGGGGAAAGGAUCCAUGGCGGGGUUGGUGGCUCUUUCCUUGUGCAGGAGGUGAUGGAGGAAGAAUGGAAGGCAAUGCAGUCUGAAAAUGGGAGCUUUCCAUCCAUGUGGAAGAAAGAGGCAUUUUCCCAGGCUUUAAACAUUAUGCGGGAUCCUGAUGAGUUGGCAACUCUUGAAGAAAUAAAACAAGAGCUUCUUUUGGAAGAAAAAGCAAUGAUUGAAGAAUUUGAGAAUAUCCUACAGUUUGAGGAACAGUGUUUAGACUCUGUAGUUGAGCUCAGCACAGGAGAUCAGAUAGUGUGUCCCGUGUGUAAUCGGAAUUACCUAACUGUAACAAGCUGCUUCAUAGUUUGCCAGUGUGGUGUAUACAUUAACACACAGUCUCAGGGGAUGAGCAUAGAAAAACUGCAUUCUCUACUGGAGUCCAGCCUAACUUCACAUGGAUACCAUUGCACCAAGCUUCCUGUAUUUUCUGUUGCCACUGAGCUAGGAGGGGCAGCCAGUCUCUUUAUGAGCUGUCAAGAGUGUGAUGCAAUGGUUGUCAUCCUAUAGCCUGGAAGGGAGGACCUCUUCUUGCUCAACUUGAUGUGUAAAGAGUUCGCAUUUAUUUAUAUUUUUAUACAUAAUCUCUAAAUGUUAAAUAAAGUAAAUACUUUUUGAAA